AUGGAGAGAAGGAGAAGAGAGCAGAUCAUCGAGCAGAAAGUAGAGGGUCUAGGGAGAGUGUGGAAAGCGAUAGAAGCCGAGGAAGUUCGAGAAGAAGGAGUAGAUCAAGGUCAAGAAGAAGAAGGUCUAGAAGCCCGGAGAGACGAAGAAGAUCCAGAAGCUCUUCAAGAUCGAGAAGAGAACGAAGUUCGAGCAGAAGUCCGAAAAGACGAAGGAGAAGGUCGAGAAGUCGGAGUUCAAGCUACAGAAGAAGAUCACCAAGUCCAAGGUGGGUAGAAUAAGAUUUUUUUGGAUGUUUUUGCUAUAAAAAAGCUAAAAUACGAAUUGAAUUUUAUUUAUUUUGCUUUCAGGCAUCGCUCCCAUCGACGCCGCUACAGAUCCAGGUCCAGAAGUUGAAAAAAUAGAAAAAAUAUUGUACUUGAUCAUUCGAUUGUUAAUGUUUGUUUUUUUGAAGUUUAACGAUAAAUAA